AUGGCAUCUUUUGACACCGAGUCCUCAGCAGGACUUGAAAACGCAGCUUAUGACUUUGUAAUUGUCGGAGGAGGUACUGCUGGCCUCGUGGUCGCCAACCGACUGACCGAAAAUCCCAAUAUUAGCGUACUCGUCCUGGAAGCUGGAACAAACCGUCUCAAUGACCCUCGAAUUAUUGUUCCUGGCUUAGGGCCGGCGACAUUUGAAGACGAGGACUUUGAUUGGAAUUUCCGAUCCUGUCCCCAGGAACAACUCAAUGGCCGCAAGCUCUUAGCCAACAAAGGUCGUACUUUGGGAGGCUCCUCGGCGAUCAAUUUGGGAAUGGUCAUCUAUCCCUCUCGCUCCGGAUUAAAUGCCUGGGAAACUUUGGGCAACCCCGGCUGGGGCUGGGAUGGCCUGUCCCCAUAUAUUCGCAAGUUUCACACGGCUGCUCCCCCAUCGGAUGAUAACCGUGAAUUCUUCAACGGGAUGAAAUACGACCAGCAGGACCAGGGUAGCACAGGUCCCGUUCAGGUCUCAUUUGGAGAUCAGUACAUGCCGUACCAUGCGGCGUGGAUGGACACCUUCAAAGCCCUUGGAUACCCGCAGGAUGAGGAUCCAAUCAAUGGCGCCUGUAUAGGUCCCUUUGUAACCCCCGGUGCUGUGGAUCCCGCUACCCACACCAGAAGCCACGCUGCAGCUGCGUAUCUGGGGCCGGAAGUACAAGCUCGCUCGAACCUCCGGGUCGUGACUGGGGCCUGGGUUGAAAAGAUUAUCAUGGAGAAGGGAAGCAACGGUGAUAAUGCCGUCGCUACUGGUGUUCGCUUUGGCAAGGACUCGGAUGUGUAUACCGUUUCAGUCGUGAAAGAGGUUAUUCUUGCCGCCGGAACAACCCAGUCCUCUCAGAUCCUCGAACUAUCAGGUGUGGGAGACGAAGCACUCCUCCAGUCCCACGGGAUCCCGACAAUCAUCAACAACCCCGGUGUUGGCGAGAACCUGCAGGAUCACGGUAUUGUCUCAUUUGGAUAUGAAGUAGCCGAUGGUAUGCCGUCAGGCGACAUGGCGAGAGACCCCGCCGUUGCCGGUGCUGCUAUGGCCGCUUAUCAGAAGGAUGGCUCGGGACCUCUUGGUAUGGUUCCCCUGGUCUCUGCAUUCAUGCCGCUUGUAGACACUCCCGAAGAUGAACGAGCUCAAUUGCUCCAGAAGCUGCAAGCUGCGGUGGAGAGCCCCGACAUCUCGCGGACACACAAGAAGCAAUAUGAAGCAUUGCACACCCUACUCAAGAAUCCCGAUGAGCCUACUGCUCAAUUUAUUCUAGCGCCAUUCCAGCUUCUGCCCCGCGAAGGAGAAUACCCACGGCGUCUUUUCGGUCUCGGGCACCCGGGUUUCUUUAUCAGUCUUGUUUCUCUGCUCAGCUACCCUCUAUCACGGGGAUCGGUCCAUAUCCAAUCUUCCGAUCCCAAGGCUCCUCCUCUCAUUGAUCACGGAAUUCUCCGUCACCCAGUUGAUGUCGAGCUACAGGCCCGGCAUAGUAUGUGGAUGGAGAAGAUUGCUGAGACGGCGCCAAUGGCAUCGCUGCUGAAGAAGGGUGGCGAGCGCCUCCACACACCGGAGCCUCUGACGGACCUCGAGAAGGCAAAGGAGCUAUGCAGAGAGCUCAUCUUGUCUAUGUACCAUGUCAGCGGUACCUGUACGAUGAUGCCGCUGGAAGAUGGCGGUGUUGUGGAUUCUCACCUGAAGGUGUACGGUUCGGCUAAUAUCCGUGUUGUCGAUGCCAGUAUCUUCCCCUUGGAGCCAAGGGGUAAUAUCCAGGCGACCGUGUUUGCAGUUGCUGAGAAGGCGGCAGAUAUCAUUAAGCAGGACCUAAACUAG